CUCCUCGGGGUGCCCGGGCCCGCCGGCCUCCCGUUAGCCGUGCCACCUUCUAGCCUGUGGGGACACUUCCGCCGCUCCGAGGCCAUUUUACCUCCAUCCUCUGGGCCCGGGGUGUGGUGGGCGCUCCCACGGGCCGGCGAAACCGGGAGUCCGCCCCCUCGGUGCGCGUCCUGUCCGCGCCUCCAUGUCGCCCCCUCCCACCCCCCUCGGCCGGAUCCCGAGGACUAGCGGUGCUAACGAGUUCAGCAAAGGAAGGAAAGCAGUGUUCGUUGACCAAAUUCCACAUCGCGCAGAUUCAAGAUGACCAACGAGGAACCUCUUCCCAAAAAGGUUCGACUGAGUGAAACAGACUUCAAAGUUAUGGCACGAGAUGAAUUAAUUCUAAGGUGGAAACAGUAUGAAGCAUAUGUGCAAGCUUUGGAGGGCAAGUACACAGAUCUUAACUCUAAUGAUGUAACUGGCUUAAGGGAGUCAGAAGAAAAACUAAAGCAACAACAGCAAGAGUCUGCACGCAGGGAAAACAUCCUUGUAAUGCGACUAGCAACCAAGGAGCAGGAGAUGCAAGAGUGUACUACUCAAAUCCAGUACCUCAAGCAAGUCCAGCAGCCUAGUGUGGCACAACUGAGAUCAACAAUGGUAGACCCAGCCAUCAACUUGUUUUUCCUAAAAAUGAAAGGUGAACUGGAACAGACUAAAGACAAACUGGAACAAGCCCAAAAUGAACUGAGUGCCUGGAAGUUUACGCCUGAUAGCCAAACAGGCAAAAAGUUAAUGGCGAAGUGUCGAAUGCUUAUCCAGGAGAACCAAGAGCUUGGAAGGCAGCUGUCCCAGGGACGUAUUGCACAACUUGAAGCAGAGUUGGCUUUACAGAAGAAAUAUAGUGAGGAGCUUAAAAGCAGUCAGGAUGAACUGAAUGACUUCAUCAUUCAACUUGACGAAGAAGUAGAGGGUAUGCAGAGUACCAUUCUGGUUCUUCAGCAGCAACUGAAGGAGACACGCCAACAGCUGGCUCAGUACCAACAACAGCAGUCUCAAGCUCCAGCCCCAAGUACCAGCAGGACUACAGCUUCUGAGCCUGUAGGACAGGCAGAGGCCACAGGUAAAGACUGCAGUCGGCUGGCCAACGGACCAAGUAACGGCAGUUCCUCCCGGCAGAGGACGUCUGGGUCUGGAUUUCACAGGGAGGGGGACACAACUGAAGAUGACUUUCCUUCUUCUCCAGGGAAUGGUAAUAAGGCCUCCAACAGCUCGGAGGAGAGAACUGGCAGAGGAGGUAGUGGUUACGUAAACCAACUCAGUGCGGGGUAUGAAAGUGUAGACUCUCCCACGGGCAGUGAAAACUCUCUCACACACCAUUCAAAUGACACAGACUCCAAUCAUGACCCUCAAGAGGACAAAACAGUGAGUGGGAAAGGUAACCGAACUGCGGGUUCCCGCCAUGUUCAGAAUGGCUUGGACUCAAGUGUCAAUGUACAGGGUUCAGUUUUGUAAUAUUUUUUUCCAGCAAAUUUUUAUACAGUGUCAUUUAAUUUGGGAAAGGAUACUGUCCAGAAAAUUAACGCAUACUUUUGUCACAAUUUGCCUUUUUUUGUGUGGGUGUGUUUGGUUUUUUUUCCUUUUCCUUUUUUUCCCCCUUUGCUUCAAUACCUCUGCCACUUUGGAAAUGGUAAUAAUUACUUUGUUGCUAACAGGCCAUUUUGUGUAGGGUCAGGUUAUUUUUAUAUGAGUUAAUGUGAAGUUGUAAAUGGAAAUCUUUUCUUAAAGUAUAACAUAAUGAUGUCUGUAUAAAUCUGUGGCUAUCUAGAACCUGAGCUGUGUGAGGGCAUUCUCACUCACGCUGUUCCUAGGCCUCUGCACCAUUCAGACCUGUUAGAGUAGAUGUGGGUUUGUGACUGCCAAGUUUGCCCAGUAGAGUAGUUCAUCAUUAAAAGUUGGACUUGUUGAUGGAGUCCUAUAGUAGUUUCAGUGUUAGAUGCAGUUUUUUCCACCAUACAUUUGUGCAUUUUCUCUUUAGGUGACUGAAUGUUUAAGAAAUUUGUGUGCGUAGUUACUCAGUUUUUAUGAACUGUUGUACCCUGUUAAUGCAUAUUGCUCUGUGACUCCAGUAUAUCUUAACCUGUACUGACCAAACCUAAAUAAAGAUUUUUAUUGUAACGCCUGCA